AUGAACCUUCGCAAACACUCUUCGUUAAUCUCCUUUAUAAACUGUAGAAAGAAUCCUUAUGAUAUGAUGAAGAGGCAGAUGACUAACUACAUGCUUCAGAAUGAUGAAACGCAUCAGAAGUGGUGCAUCUGGCUCGCUGCAAUCAACUCCUUGGUCACAUUUCACCUCCGGUUACAGCCUUCCUGUCGGCCCUUCCCGAGAACCAUCACCGCCGCGGCGGAGAUAAUACCUGUUAUGAUUACUUUUCAGUCAAAACAAGCUUUAAUCGAUGAGCAAAUCCGUUCUGUUCAAGCUAACGCAAGCUCAUGUUUUAUCAUUCCAGAAGAUCGGAAAGGAGAAAGACAAGCACUGAAAUGA